AUGAGGACAGCUCAUGGAGAGAGUAGUGCUGCUAACCAAGGAUAUGAAAAUGGGGAAAAAGAGCUCGAUUUUCUUGAGGAAUAUGAAAAUGGGGAAAAAGAGCCCGAUUUUCUUGAGGUCUACGGAGAGACUCAUAGGAAGAAAAUGGAGGAUGGUACAAGAGGAGAUUGGGUCGAAACGCGCGCUAAGGAGGCAUAUGAAGAAUUUCAAAAAAGUAUAGAAGAGUGGCGUCAAAUCCAACCUACUUCAGAGGAUGGUACCAUGGUCCAACCAUCACGUGCAGAUAUAAAUAAGAUGUGGACAAAUGUGGUAGGUGGUCCAAAGAAAGGCAGAACCUACAGGAUAGGAGAUCUCCAAACUUCGAGUAGUCCUUCGUUGUUUCCCAGUUUCUCUUCUACUUUGCAAACUGUGGAAGAAAUGGAUACGAUGAAAAAGCAAAUUGUGGAAUUGAUGCAGAAAUGUGCAGCUAACGAUGCUAAAUUUGCUAAAUUUGAGGAGUUGGUUAAGAAGCACAUGCCUCAAGUAUUUCAUGAUGAGGAAGAUAGUGAAUCUGAUGAUAAUUAGAUUGUAGUUAUUGUUCAUGUUUUUGGUUGUGACAUUUAGAUGUUUAAACUAUUUGAUUUGAUGUUUGUUUUGGAUGUUUUAAAGUGGUUGUAUUUA